GGUGUGACGACGAAUGCGAAGCUGCAGCGGUACUUGCGAGCAGUGCGAUCGCAGCGAUCUGAGCAGGCAAAGCGACCGGAGCAGCCGGAGCAAGCAGAGCGAUCAGAGCACGUUGUUCGGCAUGCAGGGGCAACUCUCGAGAAGAAACUCCAGAUUCUGACCAGACUGAGCCGCCUGCACGCAAGAGUACCGCCCGAGCAGGUGUGCGCGACUGUGGCCGCAGUACCUGGCACAAGGAAGCGCCGGCGGGUACGGCGGAUGUUACAGUCCCUCGACCAGGGUCAGGGUGCAGCUCCGCCGUCCUGCCAGAGCGCAACUCUGCGGGACUGCAAGACCUUUGCGGGCCUUGCGGCACUUCGGGAG